AUGCUGUAUCUCCGCGAGUACGCCGCGGAGGACGAGCGGCCGCCGUGCCGGGAGGAGUGGCGCCGGCAGGAUUGGGCCGGCGGCGGCGCGCGCGCCCGCCUGCCUCAGGUGGAUCGCAGCCCGUCACGCCGCAGCCCCUACCUGACGCGAGAUGACGAACCCUCGCCGGCGCCCGACGAGCGAGGCCGCUCCGCCUCGGCCGGCGCCCACCACCGCGCGCGCCCUCGUCCCCUCCGCUACCAAUCCCUCGAGCGCGACUAUGACCGCUCCUACGCGCCGCCGCCCCCUCCUGAAGAGGACUACUACAGACGCGAACCACCCCCCCUCUUCCUCGGAGAGUUGCAAUCUCAGAAUUCCGAUCUGCAAAGGGAGUUGGGGAAUCUUAAGAAAGAGCUGGAAUUGACAAAUCAAAAACUCGGCUCCAGCAUGCAUAGCAUAAAGACCUUCUGGAGUCCCGAGCUGAAAAAGGAGCGAGCGUUGAGGAAAGAGGAAAGCGCCAAGUACAGCCUUAUAAACGACCAACUAAAACUGCUCAACCAAGAAAAUCAGAAACAAGCUAUGCUAGUACGACAACUGGAAGAAGAACUAAGAUUACGCAUGCGACAGCCUGCUCCGGAACUGCAACAACAACUCGAAGCCUUGUUUGCUGAAAACGAACAUCUACAAAGAGAAAUAGCGAUAUUGAGAGACACUAUAAAAGAACUAGAACUGAGGAUCGAAACACAGAAACAAACGCUGCAGGCUAGAGAUGAAAGCAUCAAAAAACUACUCGAAAUGCUCCAAAACAAAGGAAUGGGUAAAGAAGAAGAACGCCAAAUGUUCCAGCAAAUGCAAGCUAUGGCACAAAAACAGGAGCUCAAGGCGACGGCGGACACGCUGCGGGCGCUGCAGGCGCAGCUGGAGAGGGCGUUGGCCGCGGCUGGCCUGCCGGGUGGCAGUGCGGGGGCAACUCUCACGGCGGUGCUCGAGACCAAGGAAGCGCGGAUCGCCACACUCGAGCGGCAGGUUGUGCUGCUCGAGAGCGAGCUGGCCGCGCUUGUGUCGCCGCCGCCGCCCUCGCUCGCGCCCUCGCACACCUCGCUUUAUGAUAAGGCCGAACCUCCCUUCAAGAGACAAUUGGACGAAUUCCGGUUGGAGAUCCAGAGACGAGACCAGGAAAUAUUGGCGAUGGCGGCCAAGAUGAAGGCUCUGGAGGAGCAGCAUCAAGACUACCAACGUCAUAUCGCCGUGUUGAAAGAAUCACUAUGCGCUAAAGAAGAACACUAUAGUAUGCUGCAGACUGAUAAACAGAAAUGCUACCAUGCGCAGGUGGAAGAACUUAAGGCCCGGUUGGACGAGAAAAGCAGAUUGGUGGAGAAGAAGACAGCGGCGGCGUUGGGUGCAGCACACGAGCUUGCAGAACUUAGGGAUCAUUCAGAGAUCAAGGAUCGCAAGAUCAAUGUAUUGCAGAGAAAGAUUGAAAAUUUAGAAGACCUGUUGAAAGAAAAAGAUAAUCAAGUAGACAUGGCUAGAGCUAGACUGAACGCUAUGCAAGCACAUCAUUGUUCAUCUGAAGGAGCACUUUCCUCUCUAGAAGAAGUGAUCGGAGAUAAGGAGAAGCAGAUUCAGCAGUUGCGGGAACAGCGAGACAGAGCUGAACACGAGAAAAAUGAAGAAAGAGAACUCCACGAAAGAGAGAUAGCCGAAUAUAAAAUGAAACUCCAUGCGCUUGAAAGUGAAGUAGAAAAACUUGGUGCUAGGCUUGAAAGAGCUCAAGCCGAAAAGGAUAGGCUUGAGGCUAAAUUGGAAAGCUCGCAGUCUGAAUUAGGCAAAUCUAAAGCUGAAUUGGAUAAAGCGGCGAGUGAAGUUGGUAGAUCAGGGGCUGAUUGGGAAGCAGCUAAACAAAGGUUGGCCAGACUUGAGCUUGAAAACGAAAGACUUAAGCAUGAAUUGGAGCGAUCUCAAACAACAUUCGGCAGGAGCACAUUGACGACAUCUCAAGAACUGGAUAGAGUUCAAGAAAAGGCAGAUAAGCAUGCUGCUGAGUUGAGACGGACUCUGGCUGAGCUGAGAGUGACACAAGCGGAUGCUGAGAGAGCUCGAUCUGAGGCCAGUGGUUUGCAAGACAAGCUAGAAAAGUCUCAAGGUGAAGUGUAUCGUCUGAAAGCCAAGCUUGAAAAUGCACAAACGGAACAAGAUAGCCUUAAAGAGGAAUAUGAUAGAGUACAGUCUUCAGUAAGUCGUCUCCAUUCUGAGCGGGACAAAGCUGUAGCCGAACUAGACAAGGCACGAGAAGAACUAGAAAGAACUCAGGCUACUCUUGGCAAGGCUCAACUACAACAGGACAAACUACAGGCCUCCCUGGACACCGCGCAUUCGGAGAUUGACAAGCUUCAGGAGAAACUCGAUAAGGCGGCUGCCGAAAAUAGAAAGCUGCAAGUGGAUCGUGAAAAACAGGCGUACGACUUCGAAUCCCUGCAAUCCCAGUUGGACAAAGCACUUGGUCAAGCGGCUCGGCUACAGAAGGAGAGGGACACUGCCCAGUUAGAUGCUGAUAGGUUCCACGACAAACAUGAUAAGGCGCAGAGUCAGAUAGCUCGCAUCCAAAAAGAACGUGAUGCAGCCCUCGCUGAAGCAGCUAGCUGUCGCGAACGGGCCGAAGCGGCAGCCGCUGCCGCUAACAGAGCUGCUAGGGACAGGGAUAGUGCAGCCACCGAACUGGAUGUUCUAAGAGAACGAUGGGAGAAAGCACAUCAACAACACCAGAAGCUGACAAUGGAACGAGAUGAUGCAUUAACAGAAUUAGAAAUUAUGAAAGAAAAACUGGAUAAAGCCUUGUAUUCCACACAAAAAACUAUUGAAGAAAAAGAGACCGCGCACAAAGAAUACGAAAAAAUGCUUGAGAAGUAUGAUAGGUCCCAAAAUGAAAUCUACCGUCUGCAAAAUAAGAUAGACAUACUGGAAGCGGACAAGGAUCGUUUAGAACUAGAAUUAGAGAAACACUCUCAUUUAGCAACCAAAUCGAGAGACGAUCAAAGAAAAUUGCAGGAUGAAUUGGCUAGACUCCAAGAAAUGUAUGAUAGGGCGUCUUUGCAGCUCGGCCGGACAAAAGAACAGGAAGAAAAGGCAAAAGAAGAUAUGGAUAGGCUAAGUGUUGAUAUCGAAAUGGUGCGUGAUAGGUACGAAAAAAGUCAAAUUGAAUUACGAAGAUUGCAAGCUGAGAAAGAAAAGUUGAUAGCAGACAGUGAACGUCUACAGUUUGAAUAUGACAGGGCUAUGACACAAUGUGGUAAAGCGCAGGCCUCAAAUGAAAAAACGCAAGAAGAAAUGGCUAGAGUGCAAGUAGAGCUUGAAAAGAUGUAUGACAAACAUGAUAAAGUAUCAGCUGAGCUGAGGCGGGUACAAGCUGAACUGGAUAAAGUGAAACAAGACGCCAGUGGAGCAAGAGAAGAAGCUGAAAGAUAUGCAGCUCGAUAUGGAAAGUAUCAUGACUCCAAAGAAGAGCACGAAAGGACUAAGUUGGAGGUAGAACGACUUCGAACGAGAUUGGAAAAAACUACACUUGAUCUGGAGCGGGCGCGAAAGGCAGAAGAAGAAGUGGUCCGUCUACGAACGGAGCUUGAACGCGUCGAAGGUGUGCGAGGUAAAUACCAAUUUGAACAGGACAAAUGGACCAACGAAAUAAACCGACUACAGGUUGAACUUGAUAAGACUAGGGAACGCUACGAAUCGUCACAGGCUGAUAUUCAACGUUUACAAGGAGAAAAGGAACAAGCUGAAACCAAAUUCCAUGAAAUGAAUAUACAGUUAGAAAUAUCUAAAGGUGAAGUGUCGAAACUAAGUGCAGCAUUGGAGAAGCAACGAACGGAAUUAGAACGUGCUCAUAUUGAGUGUGAAAAGUUUAGAGAUCGGUGUGAAAAGCUCAAAUUGCGAUCAGAUCAACUGGAUAAGGAUAAUGAGAGACUUAAAGGGGAACUGCAACAAAUUGAAAGGAUGAAACUACAAGCAGUUGCUGGAGAUAAAGCAAGAACUGAAGACCGACUGGAAAUUGAGCGCCUUCGAGAUAAACUUGAGAAAGCGAUUCAAGCUAGAGACGCGACGGAAAUGGAAGCUGGUCGUUUAGCUAAAGAACUCGAAAAAUCUCAGAUGCAUCUUGCCAAAUACCAAGAAACUAAUGAAACCACUCGUGUAGAAUAUGAUAGGAUGACAAAUGAGCUUGGCCGCAUGCAUGAACGUUUAGAACGAACAAUCUUAGAGAUGAGACAAAUAGAACAAGAAAGAGAUGCACUGAGAGUAGAAAUUCAAAAUACGAGACGUAAUGUCGAACAACAACAGAGAACUCUGGAUCAUCGAACACAAGAAACCCUAGUAAAACUUCAGCAAGAAUUAGCCCAGUCCGUAAGGGACAGAGAAAAAAUGGCGUCUAUAUUGGAGCAGAGAGACCAACAAGCAGAUGCCAUAGAAAAACAAAUAGUAAAGCUGGAAGCUGACACAAAGCAACUUACUAUUGAACGGGACCAGUUAGUUGCACAACUAGAAAAGUCACAAGAUAUGCUAGUAAAUUUCCAACGCGAAUUGAACGCUUCGGAAGCAGAGUUACAAAAACAAAGAGAAGAAGUACGGAGACUGAAAGACGAGCAGCGUAAGAUGGCACAGGAUACUGAACGCGGCGCAAAGACGGCCAUUGAAAAUCGUGAUAGGGAAAUUGCCAAGUUGCAACAACAAGUACAACUUGUUAGUAAAGAAAAGGAAUCAAUUAGACACAGGGCAGAAAAGGCCGAGAAGGAGGCUCAAAAAGUUGGUGAACUGGAAAAAUGGCGCGCGGCAGUUGAACAAGAAAAAUCUAAAGCUAUCGCUGCAGAAAGAGCAUUGGCUGAGUGUCAGCAACGCUUACAUGGUCUUGAGAAACAAUUCCAUGCUCAACAGCAACAAUUGCAACAAAUGACCGCACGUGGAGGAGCCGACGUGAGAGAAGUACAAAAGCAACUUGAAGCAGCUCAGGCCGAAACUCGGGCGCAUGCAGUAGAAAGAGAGCGAUGUCAAGCACAACUGGAGAUGCUUGUCCAAGAAUUGGAGAAAAGCCAGGUCGAUCUCCGCGAAGCGACGAAGAAAUUACAGCAAGCGGGCGCGCAAAACGCCAAAGCUGGGGACGACACAGCCCAAACUAAAAAGCAACUGCAAGAGGAAUUUAAGAAGUUAGAAGAUGCAAAGAGACAAUUUGAGGAGCAUAGAAGAGCAGUGGAAAACAAGAGGAAAGACGUGGAGGAGAAGGAAAAGUCGUUAGCAGAGUUAGAUCGACAGUUAAAGAAGAGAAAAGAGCAAAUGGACCAAAUGGAAGCGUCUUUGAGGAAGGCUGGCGGCAGUGCAGCAGCGGUAUCAGAUUUAAAUCGAAAGCUAACCGAUACGCAAAAAGAGGCUGAACAACUCAAGACAUUGCUAGACCAGAGCAAGGAAGAAGCACAACGAUUAACCGCUGAUACUGAACGUUUGUUACAACUCGUGCAGAUGUCGCAAGAAGAGGCAGCUCAGAAGGAAAAGGCUAUCAUGGAGUUGCAACAGUCUGUACGAAAUCUUCAAGCCAAACUAAAAAGUCAGCAACAAGCACAAGCACAAAGAGAAGAGGAACUGACGCGCGCGAGGCAGAGUGAACUAGCAACGAUGAGGGAACUUGAGAGUAUUCUGUCACAGAAAGAUGUACUCAAAACAAAUUUGGAGGAGAGCAAACUGAAAGUUAUCGAUUUAGAGAUAGAACUUAACGAAUCGUCGCUUAUUCUGUCAGAAAUUUUAAAGAUGUCUGAUGGGCCUGAGAUAAGUAGUAUAAAAAGAAGUAAGAGUUUUUUCGAGUUGCAAAAGAGUGGUAAGGUAGUGGAUAGGCUUGAUAAAUGCAGAUUUAGUAGAAGUGAUAAUGACUUAGAUUUGCACUUUAGAGAGAAAAAAGAACCGCCUAACGUAUGUAAGUUGGCGAGAAAAAUAUCCGAUAUGUUGAAAGAGAUAAGCAUCAAGAACUCAAAAAUUAUAGAACAGCAAAGAUGUAUAUCAAUUUUAGAAGAAGCUUUAAGAGAGAAUAACAAUAUAGCUGAGUUUGAACAAUUAUUGGCGGUUGUGAGAAGUAAAGAUGAAAGGAUAAAUGAACUAGAGAAAAUAGUUAAUAAGAAAUGUGUUAUGAACGCAAGUGAUUGUAAAGACAGAAGGAUACUGGAGCUGGAGGAAGCUUUGAAGGAAUCGUUCAUGAUAGCGGCGGAGAGAGAAAAGGUGUUUUAUGAAGAAGAACAGAGGAGAAUUGAAACUUUGAGAAAGAUGAGUAAAAUGGAGCAACGGAUCCGUUCGCUGCGAAACGCUUCAGCGCUGAAUUGUGAAACUUGUUCCUCUGUACUUAAGCGUUUGAAGCAGCUAGAAGAACAGCUCACCCAAUGUCAAACCAGUAGAGACCAUGUGUUGCGACAGCUAUCCCAUGCUAUUCAAGACAUCCUGGAGUCUGCAAUCAGCGAGAAGGAUUCCCAAAUAGCAGAACUCGAAGUGAAGGGUGUACUAGAUGAAAGUGAGACAAACAGAUCUGACAUGCUCAGGACAGAACGAGAUAAACUGCUCAAUAGACUUAAGACAGAGAACGAGCGUAUUCUACAGUUGGGCCGCAGUACAGUGGACACAACUCCUGCAAUCUCUGAAGGGUCACUGCCGGAAUUGACCCUAGCGGACGAACUGCUACCUAUUGCGGAUGACAAUGAGGAGGACAUCCCAGCGACAGUGCUGUAA